AAAUGUACUGUUUUUUUUUUUUUUACUGCAAAAUUGUGAAAAUGGAGUCAUCACAAUGACAAGCCCUCCAGACUGAAGAGACGCAGGAGGAGCUUCUAUCAACAGCUAUCUGGUUAUGAAAAGCGACUUCCUGUCAGCCAGGCAGGCCACCAGAUGUUUGAGGGGACUGCCGUCCACCAACGGCUGUGCUGGGGAGCUCUCUACUUGUUGGCAGCAGGGGUGGCACUGACAUUUGAAACACGCCGUCUGUGUCCACAGUCCUGCCGCUGUAACACCGAGCUGCUGGAGGUGAACUGCUCCUAUGGCCAGCUCAGCACAGUGCCCGAUGAUCUCUCACAAGACACUAAAGUGCUAAACUUAACUCAUAAUAACAUAAAAACUCUGGUGCAUCAGCAGUUCCAAACUUUAACACAACUUCUAGAUCUGGAUUUGAGUGACAACCUUCUGGCAGUAGUUGAACUGGAAACCUUUCUCGGCUUGCAAAGUCUGCUAACUCUGCGUCUUGCCCGCAAUCAUCUGAAGAUUAUUCCUGUAGGAACAUUUGCUGGUUUGCCAAACCUGCAGUUGCUGGACAUAAGCAGCAAUGAGAUCCUUGUUUUCCUAGAUUUUACCUUCCGUGGCUUGACAGCCCUGCAGCAUAUCAAAGCAGCAGAUAAUGACUUAGUUUUCAUCUCUCAUCAAGCUUUCACUGGACUAACCAGUCUACAAGAACUGCACCUUGAUGGCUGCAACCUCACUGCUGUGCCGACAGAAGCACUCACACAGCUUAGUGUGCUGAGAAGCCUUCACUUUCACCGUCUGGCCCUCACCACACUGCCGAACUAUUCUUUCCAUCAUCUAGUCCGCCUCAAGGAACUUGUCAUUUCUCAUUGCCCCUGGCUGCAGACGCUGUCAGGAAACAGUCUAUUUGGCCUAAAUCUUACAUCCCUCACCAUUACACACUGCAACCUCAGUGCUGUCCCCUACAUUCCUUUGCAUCAUCUUGUAUAUCUUGUAUACCUUGACCUUUCCUUUAAUCCAAUCACCCACAUUCAGGGGAACCUGCUAGGAGACUUGCUCCGGCUCCAAGAGCUCCAUCUGGUAGGGGGAUCUUUGCUACAUAUUGGAAUUGGAGCAUUCAGGGGUUUAACUCAUUUCAAAUUGCUGAAUGUAUCUAGAAACCUUCUCAACACACUGGAAGUGGGUACUUUUCAAUCAGUGGACACCCUAAAAACUCUGGGACUUGAUAACAACCCAUUGGCAUGCGACUGCCGUUUGCUGUGGGUGGUGCGAAGGCGUCAGUACCUGGACUUUGGCGGACAUUCACCGACUUGCACUACCUCAGUCCAGCUCCAGGUCUGGAAUUUUCUUGACUUUUCUGAAGUUGAGGUACCAGGCCUGCUCACCUGUCGGCAGCCUCGAAUUCUGAACCGCAAACCUCAAGAAGUGAAAGUAGAUCAGGGACACACAGUGGUGUUUUAUUGCAAUGCAGAGGGUGACCCUGUGCCAUCUUUAAGCUGGCUAAACCCACAGCUGAGACCUUUAUUGCCUAUUGGUAGAAUACGGGCUCUGUCUAAUGGCUCAUUGGAGGUUCGCUAUGCUCAGCCUCAAGACAGUGGUACUUAUUUCUGUGUGGCAUCUAAUGCGGCAGGAAAUGACAGCCUGCCUGUCAGCCUUCAUGUCCGAGCCUUUCCAUCAUCUUCUAAAAACCCCUUUCGUUUUAAAGGUUGGUUUGCCUUUCCAUCUGCCUCUCCAGAUGUGAAUGGAAAUCAGAAGGUCACAUUUGAUGUCAAGACUUUGCUGAUAGCUGCCACCAUUGGAUUUCUUUCAUUUUUCAGUUCUGUGAGCCUAUGUUUCAUUUUCAUGUUGUUCUGGAGUAAGAGCAAAGGGCAAAUAAAGCACACAGCCACAAUCGCAUAUGUGCCACGAAGUGCCAUGUCGAGUGGUAACAGAGGCACAGGCAACUAUACGGAGACAAGCAGAUUCACCAUGAAACUAAUAUGAAUCACUAAGUAAAACUGGUAUAACUUGAUAUACUUGAAGGAAGGUGCCAGCUGAAAAAUACAAAACUACCUAGAAUUAAAAUCCAAAGUUCUUGACAGAAUUGAAAGAUUACAAUUAAAAUUGAAUUUUAUUAGCAUGGUAACUUGUGUGCAGCAGAGACAAUAAAUAAAUACAUUCACACAAAUGUGAGCAUUUGUAUGCUCACAUCUGUGCUGCAAAGUGAAAAAGACAAAGCCAUACAACAAAUUGUGCUGCUUUCAGUUCUUCAGGGCAUUAAGAAGAUUGUAACUAGAGCUCCACUCCAACAAAGCUGGAGUGCUAUGCAACCAAUGUUAGCCGUAUUUAACAUGCUAAAACAUGUAAAAUGUAGAGAUGUAAAUUGUUCUGUUAACUGCUUAUUGCAAACAUUGCUCUUCUUAAUGUUUAUAUAAUAUAGAAACAAGAACCCAGUACAGAGAUUGUACAGGAGAACAGUUACCUGGUUGACUAAUCUUUUAAUGAUUUAUUUGUUUGUUUUGUUAAAAUGGAAUAGUAGACUUAUU